GAACCUCCAAAGCGACACUUGAUCCGACAUGUGACAUCACAGUCUGAACUUAAAUAAGAAGGGCCUAAGCCCAUGGUUCAGGACCACUCUCCUGGGACUCCGGCUUCUGUUGACUUCUGCCUAACCGCUCCUCCAUCUACAUAUCAUCAUGGGUGAUGCUCCCGCUGAGGCUCCCGCCGCGGCCCCCGCUGCAGGUGGUGACUUCUCCGCUGACCAGAUUGAGGACUUCAAGGAGGCUUUCGGUCUUUUCGACAAAGUUGGUGACAACCAGGUUGGAUACAACCAGGUUGCCGAUAUCAUGCGCGCUCUGGGCCAGAACCCCACCAACGGAGAGGUGAAGAAGUUGCUGGGCAGCCCAUCCGUUGAGGAUAUGGCCAACAAGAGAAUGGCCUUCGACGCUUUCCUGCCCCUGCUGGCACAGCAGGACAAGGUCCAGAAGGGUACCUAUGAUGACUACGUUGAGGGUCUGCGCGUCUUCGACAAGGAGGGCAACGGCACAGUCUUGGGCGCUGAGCUGCGUAUCGUGUUGGGCACAAUGGGUGAGAAGAUGAAGGAGGAUGAGAUUGAUGCCCUCAUGACAGGUCAGGAGGACGACAACGGCUGUGUCAACUACGAGGCUUUCGUCAAGCACGUCAUGUCUGUGUAAGAGGCCCCCAGGUGGAAGUGGUGAAGAAGAUGAAGUCAAUCUACAAACCCUCAGGGUGUCAGGACAUCCAACUCUGUUUCUAAGACCAACCUAAGAGAAUUAAAAGGACUAUGGGAUGUCACUAUUCAAGAAAAACACUUUUUUUUUUCUUUUAUCCACAUCACCUUCUUUCCCUUGUUUUCUCCGCUCAACCUCUUUCUGGACGUUACCGUUCUCUCUCUCUCUUCUUUUUAUCCCCCUGUGCCGCCCACUUCACUCCCCUCCCCACCAGGGCGGCGCUCCCUGGCUUGGCGGGAAACGGGGGAGGAAGGGUGGGCCACCCAUGAAGUGGGGGUCUCCCCCUGCCUUGCCCCGACUCGCCCCGGUCACUUCAUCACCGGCCAGCCGUGCUAAAGGCACCUGGCACGCCUGUGAACCGCUCGCCGAAACGUUCCCCUCCCAGACACAAAGUCAUCUUUUAUUUUCACUCAGAAUAAAACCUUUUCCAAAAGUA